ACAUUGUGCAAUCUGUUAUUUGUCUUAGAGAUAAUAAUUUGAGUGGCUAUAUUCUUCCUGUAUCUAACUUAAGACUUGCUAGUGGAUGGUUUCCUUGAUUUAGAAGUACUGCAAAUGUGCUUUUAUUUACAUAAUAUGUCUUUCUGAAAAAUGAUAGUGAUGGAAUUCCAGCAACAGGAAAAGUAUCAUUUCUUUUCUAAGGGUUCUCUAGAAUAAAUACCAACCAUGUAAAUCACAGAAUAUUAAAAAAAAAAAAUCUUACAUGCAGCUUGAGAACAAUUUCUAUUUAUAUGAACAUUUUCAUAUUUUUUAUGACUAUAAAAUACAGCAUGGAAAAUUCCCUUAAGCAGAAGUAUUCGGUGUUGCCUACAUAUGCGCAUGGCCCCACAGACAUGGAAGUUGAGAUUGAACACAGGACAUCUAUAUCUGGAGUCCUAUCUAAUAUGGUCCGGAAAAAGAAUCCCCCUCUAAGAAACAUCGCUAGUGAAGGUGAGGUACAGAUCCUUGAGUCUACAGGUACUGAAAACGAAGAGUCUGGAAGGAAAAAAGAAUUUUCUGCAGAUCAGAUGCAAGAAAAUACCGACCAGAGUGAUGCUGCAGAGCUAAACAACAAGGAGGAUCUUUGCCUGCAUAUCCAAGAGCCAUCUUCCAGCAUUAAAAAAGACUUAAAAAGCUCAGUGCUGAGUGAAAAGGCUGGCUUCAAUUAUGAAAGCCACAAUAAGGGAGGAAAUGUUCCGUCCUUUCCUCAUGAUGAGGUGACAGACAGAAAUAUGCUGGCUUUCUCAUCUCCAGCUGUUGGGGGAAUCUGUGAGCCCUUGAAGUCUCCUCUAAGAUCAGAUGCAGAUGACACCCAAGAUGUGGUCUUCACUCCAUCAGGAGAUCCAGUGGAGACAGACAAAGAGCAUCAGACGUCGCCAAAAGCUACAGAUGAAACAGUGCAAGUGCAAAGCGGUCAAACUGAUGGCCAAGGCUCAAGUCCGGUCCCCAUGGCCUCAAAAAACCCACAAGUGCCUUCAGAUGGGGGUUUAAGGCCGAACAAAUCAAAAGCAGAUUUGUCAGCAAAUGAUAACCCAGAUACGGCGCCUCUGUCUCCAGAGCUUCAGGACUUCAAAUGCAACAUCUGUGGUUAUGGUUACUAUGGGAACGACCCCACAGAUCUCAUCAAACACUUCCGCAAGUACCACCUAGGACUGCACAACCGUACCAGGCAGGAUGCGGAGCUUGACACUAAAAUUUUGGCUCUCCACAACAUGGUGCAGUUCAGCCACUCCAAAGACUUCCAGAAAGUCAACCGCACUGUGCUUUCAGGAGUGCUGCAGGACAUCAAUUCCCAAAGACCUGUCUUACUAAACGGGACUUAUGAUGUGCAGGUUACUUUAGGUGGAACCUUUAUCGGCAUUGGACGGAAAACUCCAGAUUGCCAAGGCAACACCAAGUACUUCCGCUGCAAAUUCUGCAAUUUCACCUACAUGGGCAACUCAUCAAAUGAACUAGAGCAACACUUCUUACAGACUCACCCGAACAAAAUGAAAGCCGCCCUUCCUUCCUCUGAAUCUGGAAAACCUUCAGAGAAAAACUCUAAUAAAUCCAGUCCUACUUUUCGAUCAUGUGAUUCUGGAGACUUGGGGAAGUGGCAGGACAAAAUCACCGUAAAAGCAGGAGACAACACACCAGUUGGAUACUCGGUGCCUAUCAAACCCAUAGAUUCUUCUAGACAAAAUGAUACAGAUGCCACCAGUUACUACUGGUGUAAAUUUUGCAGUUUCAGCUGUGAAUCAUCCAGCUCUCUCAAACUAUUAGAACAUUACAGCAAACAGCAUGGGGGAAACCAAUCAGGAAGCCUUCAUCCAGAUCUAAAUGAUAAACUUUCAAGGGGAUCUGUCAUUAAUCAGAAUGACCUAGCCAAAAAUGCAGAUGGGGAGCUAGUAACAAAGACAGAAAAGGGUUCUAGUAUGGCAAAAAAGAAAGACUUCUCUAGCAAAGGUGGAGAGGAUAACGUUGUGACAAGCUACAACUGUCAGUUCUGUGACUUUAGGUACUCCAAGAGCCAUGGCCCAGAAGUAAUAGUGGUGGGCCCACUUCUCCGUCAUUAUCAGCAGCUACACAACAUUCACAAAUGUACCAUUAAACACUGUCAGUUCUGUCCCCGAGGCCUCUGCAGCCCAGAAAAGCACCUUGGAGAUAUUACUUAUCCAUUUGCUUGCCGAAAAAGUAAUUGUUCCCACUGUGCUCUCUUGCUCUUGCACUUGUCUCCUGGGGUGACAGGAAGCUCUAGAGUCAAACACCAGUGUGAUCAAUGCUCAUUCUCCACUCCUGAUGUAGAUAUUCUCCUGCUUCAUUAUGAGAACGCACAUGAAGCCCAGACAUCUGAUGUCAAACAAGAAGCAAAUACCCUUCAAGGGAUGGAUGGGCCGCUGACUCUCAAAGAGAACAAAGAACACUCAUGUACCAAAUGUGACUUUAUUACCCAGGUGGAAGAAGAGAUUUCCCGACACUACAGGAGAGUACAUAACUGCUACAAAUGCCGUCAGUGCAGCUUUACAGCUGUUGACACUCAGUCACUACUAGAGCACUUCAACACUGUGCAUUGUCAGGAGAUGGACAUCAGUACAGCCAAUGGGGAAGACAGUCAUGGUAUGUCUGCUAUCAAGGAAGAGCCCAAAAUUGACCUAAAGGUCUACAGUCUGAUCAAUCCAGACCCCAAAAUGGGGGAGCCCAUUUCUGACAGCAUAGUGAAGAGGGAAAAGCUAGAAGAUAAGGAAGUGCUCAAGGAGAAAGGUUGGACUGACAGCUCAAAUGAUGAUCUUCGCAGUGUGACCUGGAGAGGAACAGACAUUUUGAGGGGAAGUCCAUCAUACACACAAACAAGCUUAGGCCUCCUGACCCCAGUGUCUGUUGGCCAAGAGCAGCCAAAGCCGUUAAGGGAUAGUCCAAACGUAGAAGCUGCCCACCUUGCACGGCCUAUUUAUGGCUUGGCUGUUGAGACCAAGGGAUUCCUGCAGGGGGUGCCAGCAGGAGGCGGAGAGAAAUCUGGACCACUCACUCAUCAAUAUCCUGGAUCAGGCGAUAACAAAUCAAAGGAUGAAUCCCAGUCCCUGUUACGGAGACGUAGAGGCUCAGGAGUUUUUUGUGCCAAUUGCCUGACCACAAAGACCUCUCUCUGGCGAAAGAAUGCAAAUGGUGGAUAUGUAUGCAAUGCGUGUGGCCUCUAUCAGAAGCUUCAUUCGACUCCCAGGCCUUUAAACAUCAUUAAGCAGAACAAUGGUGAGCAGAUCAUUAGGAGACGAACAAGAAAGCGCCUUAACCCAGAGGCACUUCAGACUGAGCAGCUAAACAAACAUCAGAGGGGUAGCGGUGAGGAACAAGUCAAUGGAAGCCCAUUAGAGAGGAGGUCAGAUGAUCACUUAACUGAAGGUCACCAGAGAGAAAUUCAGCUUCCCAGCCUGAGUAAAUAUGAGGCCCAGGGUUCAUUGACUAAAAGCCAUUCUUCUCAGCAGCCAAUAUUGGUCAGUCAAACUCUGGAUAUUCACAAAAGGAUGCAACCUUUGCACAUUCAGAUAAAAAGUCCUCAGGAAAGUUCUGGAGACCCAGGAAAUAGUUCAUCGAUAUCAGAAGGGAAAGGAAGCUCAGAGAGAGGCAGCCCAAUAGAAAAAUACAUGAGACCUGCGAAGCACCCAAAUUAUUCACCACCUGGAAGCCCUAUUGAAAAAUACCAGUAUCCACUCUUUGGACUUCCAUUUGUACACAAUGACUUUCAGAGUGAAGCUGAUUGGCUGAGAUUCUGGAGUAAAUAUAAGCUGUCCGUUCCUGGGAAUCCACACUACUUGAGUCAUGUGCCUGGCCUACCAAAUCCUUGCCAAAACUAUGUGCCUUAUCCCACCUUUAAUCUGCCUCCUCAUUUUUCAGCUGUCGGAUCAGACAAUGACAUUCCUCUAGAUUUGGCGAUAAAGCAUUCCAGACCUGGGCCAACUGCAAAUGGUGCCUCCAAGGAGAAAAGUAAGGCACCACCAAAUGUAAAAAAUGAAGGUCCCUUGAAUGUACUAAAAAUAGAGAAAGUUGAUAGAAGUACUCAAGACGAACUUUCAACCAAGUGUGCGCACUGUGGCAUUGUCUUUCUGGAUGAAGUGAUGUAUGCUUUGCAUAUGAGUUGCCAUGGCGACAGUGGACCUUUCCAGUGCAGCAUAUGCCAGUAUCUUUGCACGGACAAAUAUGACUUUACAACUCACAUCCAGAGGGGCCUACACAGGAACAAUGCACAAGCUGAAAAGAAUGGAAAACCUAAAGAGUAAAACCUUAGCACUUAGCACAAUUAAACAGAAAUAGGUUUCCUUGAUGGGAAUUCAAUAGCUUGUAAUGUCUUGUGAAGACCUAUAAAGCACUUCAUAUAGAGAGCAUGCCUUAUCCAAUAUAAAAUACCUUGUUCUUUUCUCUUUUCUUUUGUUUUUUAUUUUAUUAUUAUUGUUAUUAUUAUUAAUGAGAGGGUUACCAAGAAGGAAAAACAAAUUGAAUGGUGGCCGGAGAGGAAAAAGUAUAAUCAUUUGGUACAUGGCUCACCAAAACUAUCUAGAAUUCAAUGAAUCAGGACAAAUAUUCACGGCCAUUUUUUUUCCAGACAACUAAAACUUUUGCUAUUAUGUAACUGGCUAGAAUACAAAAAUGUAUGUUUGUAUAUAUUGCUGACAGGUGUAUAGUGAACAAAUGCACACUGUAUAUAGGAAAUAGACUUCUUAAAUAUACAAAUGUCCAGAAGUCAUUUAGUAUUUUUAAUUUGGGCUAAUUUCUGCCUUAAAACAUGCCUUAGUGUCACCUUGUCCUCAGAGCUUUGGCGUUGGUUUCAUCAAGACAUUUGUCAGACUCAACCAAGUUUUAGCUACCAUUUUAUCACUACACCUUUUCUGGCAUAGUGUAGACUAAACCGUUUUGCUCCAAUAAAUUGUCUUUAAUAUAGAAGCCACACUCUGAGCUUAAUUUGCAUAGAACAAGGUAACCUGCUGUAUUUUUUUUUCUGAUUACCUGUGCUUUCUAAACCUUGGAAUCUAAAGUUACUUCUACAUAGACUUAAUGUUGGUAUAUGUACCAGUCAAUCUCUUCGCUAAAUCUAUACCAGCUUUUGCUAAGUAGCAUUAAAUAUGUCUUCAUAGUACUUUUUAAUACUUAAAGCUUUGUAAAAACUAUCCAUGAAGGGAAAGCUCCGCAGCAUAACUGCUCAGGGAAAUAGGGCUAAAUAACUAAAUAUUAAACAAUUGGUUAAAGGUGCUGUUGUCAAGCCUCCAUGCUUGCUACAAGAGUAUAAAAGAACUGACUUUAAUAAUUUUUCAUUAUAAUGUCCCAACCAGUAGUUUAUUAUUUUGCCACAGGGAUGUAGAAGAUAUUACAAGCUACUGGAUGCACUGUCAGAUUAACUUAUUUCAUUAAAGAAGUUGGGAGAACAAAUAGAAAAAAAACUUAUUUUUCUAGUAAAUAUUAAUGUAUUACAUUUCAAAUAAUGGUGCCUGACAUAUUGAAUAAUUAUUUUCUACCGUGUACAUAUGCAACAAAGAUAUUCCAUCAUGCAUUAGAGUCGGCUCUGGCUCUGCCUCGCUGUUUACAUUUGCAAAUGUAGCAAACAAGGUAAUGAAGCAACUAUUUCUAUUGCAGUAGGUAUCUUUUUUUGUGCGUGCGCAUUUAAAGUUGUAAACGAUAACAUGAAAUGAAUGACAUUUGUUGAUAUUAAUGGUAUGGAAAAAUAAGAAGGAAAUGAAAAUAUUUUUAUGCCUACUUAGGAAAAAAAGGGUAGCACUAUUCAUUCCAAGUACUUUUGUAUUCUUAAGCUCUUAACUCACAUUGUUAUGCUUAAAAUGAUAAACAUAUAUCCUCUUUUUAUUGCUUUGUCUGUGUUUCAGAGGAAACAUUUCAGAAAUUAUUUCGAUAAGCGCUGUUUGACUACGCAGCGCUAAUGUUUUUAUUGCAUUCUGUAGUAGCAUUGCACUCCAUUGUUACAAUAUUAUGCAGUCGCUUUUUUGUUUUGUUUGGGUUUGUUUCUUUUUCUCAGUGCAGGGUCUGAGUUCCUUAAGGUUGAAUGGCAGGUAUAGUUCAAUUGGUUCAUGAAUGUUUCAGCAAAGGAAGUUUAAAAUGUCUUUUUAAUAUUAUGAUGCCUUUUUUUUUCUAUUCAUGCAUUUUAUUUUUUAAAAUGUUCUAUAAAAAUAUAUCCGGCCUAAAUCCUUCACUUGAGAUUAUAUGUAAAGGGUCCUAUUCUGAUCAUACUUACAUGCCACCUAUCUCAGACUUCCAUGUAAUUGACACUAAAGCACUAUAAAAAGGCUCUUGCUUUUAACUUACAUGAAAUUCAUCAUUCUCCCUUCUAGAAAUUGGUGCACUUAUGAGACACAUAACCAGGGAAAACUGGGAGGUUGGAGGAUGAAAUGGAAGGUGAUGGGAAAUGUCUAGAAGGGGCUGGAGAAAGUAUAAAAUGGGGAGGAACUGGCCUAAACGUACAGCACUUUGAUAGUCUUUUGAAAAAUGUGCCAAGUUAAAGCAGCCCGCAAGAAAUUCGCCAUGCAUGAGAAGCACUUGCACAGCUGAUCACCAAAGGUCUUGCUGACCUUGGCAGUAUUUUACGUGUUACAUUUUCACACGGAUGAAAAGUUAUUGAACAAUCCCUCUAAUUUGUUAGGCACAAACAGGCUAUUGUUCAACCUGAGGCUUGCAUUCCUUCCUGCUCCACCCAUUUCUUUCAGAACAGCCACAUUUACUGUGAGAAGUGUACAGACAAUCCCUCUUCACCAUUCAUGGUUGAAUUCUAUAACCCUUUAAUGGUGUUCUAGGUUAGCAAAGGAUAUUGUGCCACAUUCCUCUCCCUCUUUUUUGUUUGUUUGUUUGGUUGGUUUUUUGUUUUGUUUUUUAAGAUGAAUCUUCUGCUUAAUACCAGUGCCAGGAAAUGACUGGUUGUGUUGACUAUUGUUCUCCAACAAUAGUUCUGUUUUUUGUGGACUGAAAUGGAUUGUUCUCCUCUUGUUAUGUCAGGGGCCCAGUGUGUGUCCUUAUCAGCUCUCUCAAAAAACUUGUUAGGCUUAAAUAGCAGCAGCUGUAUUGGCAUCUGAAGUGACCGCCUCGAAGUUAUUGGCACGAUUACUGUGUUGGGAUACUUCCUAUAAAUCUUAGCACUUCUUGUGGCUUCUUGACUUCUGGAAGCUGCAUCUUUAUGGAAAAUAUUCUGUAGUGCACACGUUCAUCAGAAAGAUUUGUGCUCAGACCUGUAUUUCAUUACGCCUCUUGCUAAACUCAAAGCAGAAGCCAAGAUGGGGGAAAUACCUUCCAGCCAAUACACAUAGUGAGGUUUGGGCAUGAGGAGUAAGUGCAGAGCACAGGCUAGACCUUUAACUGUUAACGUUGUACCUACAGAGUACAAAUUAAAUUUGAAAAUGUACCCACUGUUCUCGCCAUGACACAUUGACGUGUUCUAAAAAUUCUACUUCUAAAUGACAUUUUGUUCUAACCUGUUCUCUUGAAGUAAAAAUAGUUUUUUUAGGGAAGAAAAAAAAAAAGCCUGGAUUUCCACCCUCCCCACAUGGUGAUAUUAAUGAAGAGAAAAAUGAAAGUCGUGAAAAUUAAAAAAAAAAAAAAGAACUUAAGUAAUUGCUCUUAGUUUGAAGCCUGGGAUGGCACAGACCUACUGGACAUAAUGCAUUUUGUUUCAAAUCAAUGUACAACUCCAAAACAUUAAGGUCUAAAUUUCCAAAACCAUCAAUGUUUUUGUGCUCAGCUUUGAAGCACGUAGGGCCUAAAUUUCCAAGAACUCAUAAAAUCCAACUGUCGUUGUGGGCGCUUAUUGUUUCUUAAAAUCAAUCUUAACGUGGGCCCCCAAAGUUAGUAGAAACAUUUAAAAACAUAGGUCAAAACAAGUCUAUCUUUAAAAUGCCUGAGGAGGAACAUUGCCCUUAGUUAAGAAUCUCAGAAUUUCUCUCUGAUUAAGGAUUAAUAUCCUGUGUAGCACGGUGCUGCAGCACCUCUUGCAAGUUGAACUAUUGUAACUAAUUGCUGGCCGGACUAAUCGGAAGAUUUUCAAAGGCACAAACGGUAGUUAGGUGCCUAAUUCUCAUUCACUUUCCAUAGGAGGUAGGUACCUAACUGCCAUUGUUUACUAUGAAAAUCUCCCCUUAAAUCUUCAUAAAUAUGGUACGCUCAAUAUCCAUAGAGUCUGAGGAGGGAAGCUGGAGACUUUUUAGCCAUUGCGCCCCCUUCUUCUGCCAGAAAUAAAUGGCGCCAGCCCUUACGAAAGGGAAUAUGGAGACAUCUCUAAAAGAUGAGAUGGAUGAAAAAUUCUGUGGGUGUCUUAGAUCAGUUGAUAGAAAAAAGCUGAAAAGGGGACAAAAGAUCAGCACUAAGAUAAAUAUACAGUGAUAAAAUGUAGACGCCAUGAAAUGUGGUGACCCAAUUUGGCACCUGCAGAUGGUGGGAGGGUCAAAGACAGGCUCAGCAGCCCAUCUUCUGACUGUGCAAUAUUAUUUAUUAGACAGAAAUACCUGCUUGCCAUGUUAGAGGAUAUAUUCUACUAUCUGUUUGGGUUCCAUGUCAACUACAGCUAUUUAAAAAUACAUGUUUCUUCUGUAGUUAUCUUCCCAUUGUUGCCUGUGUAUUGACUUUUCUUGGCUGACUUGACAUCUUAUUCCUAAUACUGGUCAGGAAAAGUGAAAGAGACUACAGGUUUACUCCUACAGAACCAGGAGAGGUGGAUGCAUUUCUCUCCACUCCAGUGGAGAAAGUUAUUUGUGGCAGGUGUCAGCAAUAGACUUGUCAGCCCUACCUCCCAUAAAGGCAACAGAUGAAAAAGUCACACUAGUUCCAUGAUUUCCUUAUGUAAAAACUUGGCAGGGUGGAAUCACAGGUACUUCACGAAGAAGGAGUGGGCCAGGAGGGGUGAUUUGCAUAGAAUUUUCCACCCAAGAGUGGGAUUCCCUCCUACCUAUUGGGACCCAUUAGAUUCAUAGAGCUCUCAAGAGUUGGCAGCUGUUGGGGUACUAUAUAAUUAAUAAUAACACAUAGCCUAUAUCAGGGGUGACGUGGUUUGUCUCUUCUUUAGACACUAAAAAAAAGUUUAGUGGUUCCCAACCAGAUAAAUAUCACAAGUUUUGUAGUUAAAAAUACAUUUAGUAAAUGUAUGACAAAAUGCUUAGAAUAAACACUGUGUGGCAGCAGCCAUAUAUUGUGUUGUAUUCCGGUUUUUCAACUGUGCCCAUCACCAUGGUAUCUGAGCGCCUAAUGGAAAGAAGGGCAGGGUGGGGAAGAUGAAACCUCUCAAAAUUCCAUUGGAAAUUUUACUUACAGCAGAAUUCACCAGCAGGGGGAAAAUGUCUUUUCAUAUGGAAUGAUUUCAUGUUGACUUUAAAAAAAAAAACCUUUAAACUUGUAGCCCUGAUUUGACUCUAGAAUGUUGGCUCUUGUCCUGUCCUUACAAAACAUGGAUAUGUUGGGGAUUUUUGUUUUCUGUUGUUGGUUUUUUUUGUUUUAUGUUUUAUGUUUUUUUCUCAUAGUGCAUGUUCAUUUCUACUCACAAACAUGUUCUUGGUGUAUUUCUUAUGCAAACAAUCUUCAGGCAGCAAAGAUGUCUGUUACAUCUAAACUUGAAUAAUAAAGUUUUACCACCAGUUAUAA